AAGAUUGUAAACAAAACGAAUCUUCCUCCCUGUCCGAGAUGCUCGGUAAUCACUGGGUGCCAGCAGCUCAAGCACACUGCUUUGGAUGGCUGUGCGCAAUACAGCCAUCCAACGCAAUGCGAUUACAGUGAAACAGCACAGUUACCCCUUUGAUCGCCCUUCAUGUUGACCUGUUCCUGCCCAGUGCCAUUAGUACAGUGUCUGCUUUUUGUUUUUAGUGACUUGGUGUCACUGACACCAAGUCAGUUCCCCCCAGUGUCAGAGUGCCUGCCGCAGUCCCGCUAUAA